CACUUCAUAUUAUGACUUUCAAAAAUGCCAUACUUACAGUAUAACAUUCUGUAUUAUUUAGGGAUAUUUAAGAGACCUACGAAGGAAAUAUGAAUAUUCCUGAGGUAUAUUCGUAUGAGGAGCGAGCUAUAAACACUGUUGUAUCGGUGAUAAAUCGGGCUAAAGAGAUGCUGGGCGACCGGCAGACCUUGAAACAACUCGCUAACAGUCGUGACGUGUACGCUGCACCCGCUAAGGUAAACCUGUCCCGACUGGAGCCCCCUCUAGCAAUCACGAGCCGGGACCUCAUCGCCGACGCUAUUGAGAAAACGUGGAAACUGACAAACCUUUUUAAAUAUUCACUCAAAUAUAAAGGCAGCUCUAAAGACGAAUGUUUGCAGUAUUUCUAUUUUGAGGCAAUUUUUAGUCAACCGACAGUAUCUUACCCGAUACCUCAAGCUACUGCUUCUGCGUUUUUCCGAGUCCAAGAUAAACUGAUUGAACCACCGGAGACACGAGGAGUUCCAAAGAUGACGUUCCGAGUGGAAGGCCACCACGUCGACCACGACAUCCGAUACGUGCUGCUCCCGGCGGACUGGCUGCUCGCCGUCAUCAUGAUGAAGGUCAAACUCUAUAGUAGGAUCGAGAGUUAUAAUAUUUUUUGAUUUAUUUUUAAUUGUUGUCGACUUAUACAAUUUACUUUUAGUGUAUGAAGGAUUCUUUUACUUAUGCUUGACUACAUUUUGGUGGUGUAAUAAACGAUAAAAAAUAUAA